CGCCGUAGCAUCAGUUGUAUCUCCAACAAGCCGAAAACGUUCUUCUGUGAAUGUCAUGAAUGGCAAAAUUUUACUGAUUUAUUGUGAUUAUUCACCUAACAGUGCAUAAAUUAUUAUCAAUUAAGUGUUACAACUACUUUAUUUACAUGUGGUAAACACUUGAAGAUUUUCCCUCCAAAUAGUCAUUCAUCGGGAGAAAUGCCUCUUUUAAAGAAAAAGCUAUUUGAAAAAAACCCGAUUCCGGAAAAUAUUCGCGACGAUGAAGAAGUUUUUUAUUGUGCUAUCACAAAUGAAAUUUUUCGCGACUAUGAAGAUUUUUCUGAAAGAAUGUUUCUGUGUAAUUCCAUGGUGUGGACGUGUUCGUUGACGGGAAAAGCUAAUUUAACCUACGCGGAAGCUUUGGAAAGCGAAGACAACGCCAAAAACAGCCUGAAAGAGUUUCCAGCCGAACUUAAAAUUCCCAUUCUUUAUCUAGCCACUAAAACCAAGAGAUCAGGAUUUGGUGAAAUGGCAGAGGAUGUAUUUUUGUAUGCAAAAGAUAGAUUUUUUAUUGGAGAAAAUAUUGAAACUUCUUUUACUGAUUUAAAGUGGAAAGAUUCACAUGUUCUGCAAGUUAUAGCACCUCCAUCAGGAAAGUUAAAAUCACCUCCAAAAAACGGGAAUGUACAGGAGCGACGUUCACAUCCCGCACCUUCCCAAUAUAAAUACGAAAUUGAACAUUUAGACGCCGAUGACCAGGAUAUAAGUGAAAUCAUGAUCGUAGACUGUAACCAAAUCAGAAGGAAAAAAGGCUCCUUUUCCCGCGAGAAGUGUAAAUUAUUUUUAAAACAAUACGUUGAACAAGAUGAGAGAGGGUUAUUUGUUGUAAAACCGUCAGUAGUUGAUGGUUUCAACUUAAGUAAGGUUACAUUUGAACAAAUAUUUGGGGGACCAAUACCAGAGUUUGAUGCUUCAAGAAAAUUUGAAAAAGUUGUCAAUGGUAAAAAAGUACGCCAAGAAUCUCUGCAUAAGUUUCUUACUAAAAAUUCUGCGUUUGCUAAAAAUGGCAGUAACGCUGAUCUGUUGGAAAAAAUGAGAAAGAAAGAGGAAGAGUUUAAGUUAAUGAAACAACAAAAAAAAGAAAGGGAAAUGGAAAUGAAGCAAAAAAAGAAAGAAGAAAACAUUAUGUUAGCGGGGCAGUUGAGAAUGUGGAAUAAGCCUAAAGAAGAUUUAGAGCUUGUCGAUCAUCAGAUAUUGCCUAAACCAGAUCCUGUAAUCACGAGAGUUCCUGAUGAGCAUGUAGGUGAUAUGUUUAUGGUUUUGGAAUUUGUGAAUGACUUUGCAAAGCUUCUUUCCACCAAGGAUUUUUUUCCUGGUGAUCUUACAGUAGACAUAAUGGAGAGAGCUUUGUUAGAAAAAGAGGUAGCAGGCCCAUUAAUAGAUCUGAUACAAAUGUUUCUUAUCGCAUUAUUUCAUGUACAAGAUCAAGAAGCUUCUCAGUACAGAACAGAAACCGAAAAUCCCUCAAGUAUUAAGCGAGAAGAAGAUUGUGAUAAUAUGAAUGUACGAGAAGCUACUCGUCUAGCAACAAUUGCCUCUACGUGGAGUAGGAAGUAUCAAGGAGUCCCGCUUGGUCGCCUGCCUCUUUACUCUCUUACUACCUCAGAAGUCUUAAGAUUGCAUCUUUUGGCAUCCGGUGCUAUCAUUAAUAACACGGGCGCUAGAUGGCGUUAUCAACAAAGAGGUGGUUACACCAGUGAAGACGAUCCAGGAUUGCAUCUUAAAUUACACAGUCCGCAUAUACUGGAAGCCCUUAAAACACAUAAUGUUGUGGAACUCCCUGUUGGCGAUAAACUGAAAAUUUUAUCAUGUUUGAUUAACCAGCUCUUGACGUACGCCGAUGUGAGAGAUAUCGUAGAAGAACGUAUAGAAAAAGAUAAACAAGCGAAAGCGGAUUACAAAUUAGCGUUGGUUGCUGAAAAGCGACGAGAACAGGAAUUUUUAACAGCUAGGUAUAAGUUGAAAAAAUUGCUGAAGGCGGAUCCGAACGUAAAAAGUGAACUGGAAAAGCUUGAAAUCGAAAAUAGUAAGAAACGGGCACAGAAUGAAAGCAAGUUGGAGGAGUUGCGGAAAGCAGCAUAUGAAAAACAGAUUCUUAUGGGGCAAGACAGAGCCUUCCGACAGUAUUUGAACUUAGAGUCAGUUCCCGGUUUUUUCGUUAACUUUGAAGAAGAAAAUACUGGAAUAUGCUUGAACAAUGUUGUUGAACAAGUCCCUAGCUUAGUGAACGCAGGUCGUGACGAAACUUUGGCAUACAUCAAACAGACUAUGCAAGACUCAAAUUCCAGUGAUAAAGAAAACAGCCCAUUGAAGAGUCCGAAAAAAAUUAACGGAGUACUUAACGGUUCUCGGGAACAAAAAACUGAUCUCUACAGCGAACUACUGGUGUGUUCUGCUGAUCCAACAACUUGUUUUGUACACUCGUCGUCAGUAAAGAGGGACAGGUGGUGUUUUUACCAUGACAUUAAUACGUUUCAUCAAUUGUGUGGAUCUUUGAACAAACGAGGUGUCCGUGAAAGUGAACUUCAACAAAAUUUAAAGAACAAUAAUGAUGAAAUUGAAAGGUCAAUCAUGAGCACACCAGUUCCUACUUUAAAUAUGGGACUUCCAUGCAAAGAGGAAGACAGUAAUUGUAUAAAAAAGUCAAGUAAAGCGAAAUAUGAGAACGCAAAUUUGGGAUAUCCUAAUGAUAUGAAUCCGACGGAUAUAUUGCACAAUUCGUUAAUUGAAAAUAUCCUAGAAAUGGAAGAAAAACUCUUCGCUGGAAACCUGGGAACUUUGUCUGUUAAAGACAGGGAAAAAUGGAGAAAUUGUCUUCAAAAUAAAAAUUACAAAGAACUUGACAAAACCUUGCAUAAAAAUAACGUUGAGGAAGAUUCAGAUCUUGUUCAAUCAGAUGAGGUUGCCGAAUUACCCGACUACGAAUACCCGGGUCAGUUUUUGAGUUCUACGUCCGAUUUCGUUCCAGACAUUGACAACAACGACGUUCAUUUGGUUAUGAAAGACGAAAUUCAAGAAGCGAUUCAAAGUUUAUCAGUUGCGUUGGCACAAGUAGGUCGAUCCGUGGUGACUAAAUUUCUGAAAAAACCGCUGGGUCGUAUGGGUAAUGCUCGCAGUGACAAAGUCAAAAGUUCCAUUCUUGACUUAUGGGAACAAUCCUUGUUAGCUUCUACGAGUUUCAGUCAAAUAUUUUUACAUUACAGUACGCUAGAUUCGUGUGUGAUGUGGGGGAAAUCCGUUCUGCUGACGAAAUGCAGAGUUUGUCGGAGACGGCACGAUUCCGAAAAUAUGCUCCUUUGCGACUCUUGCAAUUUAGGGCAUCAUUUAUAUUGUCUGAAGCCGAAGUUAAAGAGUGUGCCCAAAGGUGACUGGUUUUGUAAUAAAUGUCAAAAAGAGCGAAAACCGGAAGUACCAGUAGUCGUAGAACCCGCGAAAAAACGUCCUAUAUUUAGAGACGAAGAAAAUGAAGAAGAAGGAUCUGAACAAGAAACACAAAAUAAUGAUACUGCAAACACCGACAUUGAAGAAGUUGAUGAAGAGGAGGAGCAAAACGACAGUGAUGAAAUGGUUGUGGCCGGCAAAGUAGAUCUUUGUAAAACGUGCGGUUCCGGUGGCGAAGUAAUAAGUUGCGAGAAAUGUUCCAGUUGUUAUCACAUUGAAUGCGUGGAACCUCCACUGCGACACGCUCCGAGAGGCUCGUGGCUUUGUACGUCUUGUAAGAAAAGUAAUGAUAGAAAAAGACAUCACGACCUGAGCAAAACGAAUGGUGUGGUGGUACAGCGCACUGGAAAAAUGAAUGGCCAGCGCCGCUGUGCUGCACAAGCCUUGUACAAGAUCCACGACUUUGCAAAGAGUCUACGACAACUGUCAGAAUCUGACGAUUCAAGUGAAGAUGAAGUUAUUAGCAAAAGAUCAAGUAGAAGGGACGAUGGACGAUCUGACUUACCGUUACACAAUUCAGCAUUACAUGCAGUAUUAGCAGAAAUCAUGAAGGAUUACAACGCUUGGCCGUUUUUACGACCUGUUCAAAAGACUGAAGUACCUGAUUAUUAUGAUGUUAUAACAAAACCCAUGGAUUUUGGGACGAUUAAGUACAAACUUAACAUGGGUGAAUAUCAGGAAGACGCGCAAUUUAUGUCAGAUGCGCUGCUGGUAUUUCAGAAUUGUAACACCUACAACCAUAAAGAAGACGACGUUUACAAGUGUGGCGUUGAACUGCUAAAACAUUUUCAAAAAAAAUGUAAGGAGUUGGGACUAAAACUACCUGAUGAAUUGGAGUAUGACGUUUCCCAUCCAAAAAAGAAGAUUCGCACGAAAUAGUAUUACAAACGCACCACACGUUCUAAAUUAACUAGCGCUUUGUAUACCCAAACUUUAGUUGUACAUUCUUUUAUUAUCUUUACAUUUUGUUAGUAUUCUAUAAUCACUUUUAGCUGUUUUGUAGGAAUUAUUUAUGAAUAUUAAUUUUUAUAUUUA